AGAAUGCCGUGAAUAAACCGAAAUACACGUGUCGAAGCGGUUCGCUGCUGAUUACUACGCACAAAAAUGGUAUUCCGGACACCCCUACAAAUAUCUAAUCUUGAUCUUAAUUGAAAAAACCCUAAUAUACAAACAUUGUAGAAACAAUGUUUAAUAAUGGUUAAAAAAGAUCCAAUUAGUAAGUAAACUUCAAUAAUAUACAAUUAUAAUAACAGAAGAUAAAUUACCAUACAGUUUGACUUUUUAGUUCUUAGUUUUGUGUUUAUACAUUUGAGAAUACAUAAGCAUCAAAAUGAGGGCUAACUUUUAUUGUUUAGCAUUGUUGUACAAUGUUCCAUAUCUUUUAUAUGGUACUGUAUUUUCUAAAAUACAGUCCUGACAUAAACUCUGACCGGUAUUUAUUUGUGUGCUGUGUGUCCAGGACCUACAUGAGGGUUAAAGAACGAGUGGAGGCUGAUAAAGACAAGGUUCUGGUGGUGAACCCGGUGUUCUUCAAGUACGCUCACGAGCGGUGGACCGAGGGUCACGGGCGCUACCCGUCCACUGGCAUGCUGGCCCUCAUCUUCGCUCUGCACACCUGCGACCAGGUGUCCGUGUUCGGUUACGGCGCCGACAAGCAGGGGAACUGGCACCAUUACUGGGAAGAGAACCGCAACGCUGGAGCCUUCAGAAAGACCGGCGUCCACAGCGCCGACUUCGAGACAGAGAUCAUCCAACAGCUGGUCAAAGAGGGCAAGAUCAGUCUGCACCUGUGACCCCUGACCCCCAGACCCACUGACCCCCAGACCCACUUCCCACCAGACCACAGCCUGAUGGACUGACAUGAAUAAAGACUGAAAGACGUGCCGACUGAUGGACUGACCAACAUAAAACUGGAGUUCAUUGUCUUGAUUGAUUGGUUCACAAAGUGCCAAUAUUUAUAGUGAAAUUCUGUCCAUGGUGAUCUCUUUACCUGUCUUAUCAGUACAAACCCAAAGAUGUUCUGUUUAAUAUUAAAUAUAAAACUCUUAAUUAAUUAAUAUUUGGCAUUAAAGAUAACUAAAGAGAGGAUUAAUUGAUUAUCUAAAAAGGUAGCUAUUAUUUUUAACUGACCUAUUGUUGCAGCUCUAGUGCUGACUGACCCACAGACAGACCUGCUGACUGAAGGAUCCUCUGCUCACUCAGCAGAUCAUUCUUAGCUCAAUUGACAGAGAACCAGCUACAUCUCGUCUGGUAUCCAGCGGAGUCUAGUUGAAAGUGUCUUUGCAGUCCCAGCUGUGCUAAAAUCGGAGUCAACUCUGGACCUUAUGUGCCUGCCAGAUGUGUCUGUUGGGAUUCGGACAGGAGUCAGACCUGUACUUCUUGCACAUCAAUCACCACGUCUGCCUUGAGUAAGAAACCCAUUAAUGCCGGAGUGAAGCCGCAGUUGGGUAUUGACAUUGUUGAAUACCUGGAUUACCUGUGGAUGGAGCCUUUCAGGAUGGAGGAGCUAAACCUGCCACUUCACUUGAAGUAUGCAGCUUAGAUCUCCUCCCUCUGCCUCCUCGCUGGUUUAAUUGAAAUCCAGCUUAACAUGAACAUAAAUACAGAUUUACGGGACCUUCCACUGCUUAAACAGACCUUAUGUUGCUGUCUGGGACUGCGAAGAUGGACCACACAAGUUGUGCUCUAAGCGGGGAAACAACCACAGACUUUUUAUAUAUUUGAUUUGAUUUUAUAGAUAUUAUACAGGGAUAACCUCUUUUUUUAUUUUGUAUUAAAGCACUUUGCCCUUAAGAAGAAAAGGCACAAAAGGGCCAUGUUGUUGCUUUCUCUGUCCAACAAAGACUUUCUUUUCUAUUUGAUAUCAUUUAUAAUCCACCCAUUUAUUCUGAAUGAAACAAACCGUUCUGAUCCAGAGGAUGUCUCGGUCCGGACAGACUUUAAGUGGAAAUGGGACAAAGUCUUUAAGUGUUUUUUAACGUCUACAUUUUUGGAAUGUAAGCCAAUGAUGCUUCCUGUCUCGACCAUAUAUGGAACUGGAAACAAUGAGUGGGAGGAGCCUGUGUGAGGUUCUCAGCCUGUGUUUAAACUCCUUCAUGAUGAUUCAACAGUCUGCAGUUUUCAGUGGUUUCUCUCACAAAACAGAAGUUUAAUGUUUUAAGGGACAACUUUUUUUAGAUCCACUAGCUGAAAAAGUUAUUGAAAAGCGAAAACUCUGCAGCUUUACAUAGCUUCCUUUGUUGUUGAAGACUGUUUCACUUGUGAUGUAACUCUUCUGAUUCAAAGACGAGGAAACAGUGCAAGACUAAAUUAAAGAUUUAUUUUUAAAAAACGUAGCAAAGUCAAACAAUCAGCAACACCACCAGUGUGGGCGGUGCAUGGAUGAGAGGGAGAUGUACAGUAGUGCAAUGUAAGUCCAACCAAAAAACCACCAACCAUAUGAAUGAAGACGGACCGACCAGUCCAGCAGGAAGCAGCUGGACUUCCUGUUUAAAGGGAGACGACAGCGCGCUGUCACACCUGUGCUGUGAAAAAACUUGCUGUUUUUCAAUCACAGCCGUCUGAAUGUUUGUGGCUUCGUUUACACUAUGAGAAGUUUCAGGACGUUUCACACUGGGGAAGUUUGAGUCUGAAUCUGAGUUCCAUUGUCCAUCUCAGAUAGAUAAUGGACUUUUUCUUUGCAUUUCUGUUUUGUAUGAUGGGGAAAAUUCAGAGUUUGGUGUACCUUCUAAGCAUAAUAUGCAGAACAUUUAAGUAAUUUGCAUCCAGCAGCCGUCCAUAUUAAGAAAGUAUAAUUUGGACAGAAUAUACAUCAAACUGUUAUUAAUUUAUUCGUCAAUUUGUCAGUCUUCCACGUUGUAAUUUAGAUUUUAUGUGUUGUUUUUAAUGGUCACUUUUAAAUUGGUGUUUUCACUUUGUUUUUGUUGUGGAAAAAAGUAAUUAACGGAUAUUUUGUCAUAUAUUUGUUUAUUUUUAUUGACACAGAUGUUGACUUUUUAAAGAGAGAUAUCACAAACUGUAACUCUUAAUUUAGCUAAUGUUAGCCUUUUUGUGUUGCUUUUGGGAAGGAACAGAAACACAUUUAUCGUGUAUAUGCAUCUCAAUGAAUAUUUCAUUUGGGGUUAAAUUGAGCAUUUGCAUUUAAAAUAUUUUUCUUUCUUUUUAAAAAGGCAGCUAAAUGAUGAGCAACUAGCGUUGACCAGCCAUACAUUAGUAUCACCCUAAACUCAGUGCUCUGCCUUUAGUUCUGUUAGCAGUACGUCAUCAAACUUCUGUUUUUUAAUCUCAAAUUUGGACAAUAGGUUUCCUGGCUGAGACUCCCAGGUUGACCAUGUAUUGGAUUGGGAAAAUUGUAAAUACUAUAGUUUUUCUGGCGCUCCAUUUCCAGAUUCAGACCAACUUGCCAGUGUGAAAUGGUUUCAAAGCUCAGUCUGCUUCAAACUAACUUGUUGAUGCAACGUCUAAAGGCCUGCAGAAUGUGUGGUGUGAAAAUCCUGCCGUCAUAUAUUCCUCCUGGCAGCAUCUCACUGCUUCCUUGAAUGCCGUCCAAAAUAUCUGAGUCUGUGUAAGAUGCAGCUGUUGGAGAGUGGGUUUUUAGACGAUCCAACAAGCACUUUAAAGCAGACUGAGGGCUCUAUAUGAUCAUGGAUGCUGAAUUAUUAUCUGGAGGCUCUGCUGGCUUCUCUGCUGCUAACUUUGGCUGCAGUUAAAUGCUCUAUUAAACCCCAUCUGCUGAGUCAUCUCAAGCUGGGGUUUAAUCUGAAACAUCUGCUGCUUGUUUUAUAGUUUUAGCAGAGAUUUAACACUUUGAUGGCUCCCGAUUUUAUGAGGGACAUUGAGCAGCUAAAUGACAGAGCAGCAGCCCUCCAGAGUCCUGAGCUGGACUUCACAUCCGGAGGGAAGGUUUUGGAGUUUGCUGACUUUAGUUGUAGUAAAAAUAUGUACUUCCUCACACUAAAGAAAGACAAGUUUGCUGUGAGUAUAAAUCAAAAGUUGUGCUUAUUAAUGGUCUUCCUGCAGUCUGGGAAUUUAGAUUUUUCCACUAGGAAUUGGAAGGUGCCGAUUAAAUCAAAUAAACCAAUCAUGAAGUAUGUUCACUUAUCAUAGCUUUAAUCAGCGCUUCAUGUUUAAAAUGACUGUUUGAUAAAAGGACAUUUCAGUUUAAUUUAGCAAACAACCUACUGAUCAUUGAUUCAUUCGUAGUUGCAGAGAGAAGCACUGUGAUUUUUCAAAACAACACCGCUGUCACUUUGAAUAAAAUGAAACAAAAGUA